AACGGGUCCUCCCGUGAGGUUGAAUGUCUUCCGCUCGCCAUCGUCUUCUCCGCUCCAUGGCUGCCUCGGCAGCUCCCUGAAAGGGGGAGGCGGCGCGUCGGCCCCUCCCUCGGGGCCCUGCGUGGCGGGAAACGGCAGGAAUACUAACUAGAAUGGCCAGCAAGAAGGAGCCCCCUUUCUUCAAUGAGGAUAACGUUGGAUCAUGUCAUUGCAAACUUACUUUCUAUGAGACCAUGGAGCUCUUCAUUGAAACUCUUACAGGAACAUGCUUUGAAUUGCGAGUGUCUCCUUUCGAAACAGUUAUUUCUGUGAAAGCUAAAAUCCAGAGACUGGAAGGUAUCCCUGUAUCUCAGCAGCAUUUAAUCUGGAAUAAUGUGGAGUUGGAGGAUGACUAUUCUUUGAAUGAUUACCACAUUUCAGAAGGAUGUACUUUGAAGCUGAUCUUAGCAAUGCGUGGUGGUCCUAUUAAUACAAAAAGAGUUCCUUUGGAAGACCCAAUUAAAGAAAUAGCAGAAUACAUGGGGCCCUGUCGAGAUGAUGUCUGGGAAAAGGUUCCAUCCAGUAAACAUGUUACAUUCUUGGUCUACCAAGAAGGAGACCAGCUGAACUUUUUUCGAGUUGUGGACAGGGGAGAUGGAACUUUAACACCGUUAUCUGAAUCUUUAAGUGGUGGUUCUGUUUAUAAUUUGUAUGCUGAUGACGAUGAAGACACAGAAAUAUCUCCUUCUGGGCAACAGAUUAUUGAGAACUCCAUUACAAUGAAUAAAAUGAAGCUGCUAAAGGCAAAGAUGGAAAACAUGAAUCUUAAUAAAAAGCCUAAGAUCAAAGUGAACCCCCAUUCUCCAGUGGUCCUUCAUCCAUCUAGUGGCUCGCUUGCAGCUGUUCGUCAUAAUUUUCUACGAGCACUUCCUCAUAUUGGGCAAUCCUGUCUGCCUCCUGAAAAUUUACAUAACUCAGGAAUAUCUCCAAAUGCCUUUUCAACCCUAGCACAUACUGAUAAAAAAGUGUCAUCCAUUACUAGAAACUUUCUUAAAGAAAAUGACAAAUGGGAGAAUAUUUCACCAUCUCAAUCAAUUAACAGCACGGCACUGUCUUCCAAAGUAUCAUCUGUGGAAAAGGGAGAGGCAAAACUUUCUGAAAACAAUGUAGUUCCUCAAGUGACAACUGCACUCACAAAUUUGGAAAAAAAUGCACAAAGUAGUAUAUCAUCCAAUGAAAGAUGUCCUUUCUUGUAUCCAGAUCUCACAAAUGUAAAUCUGUAUACUGCAGAAAAAAAUGUUCUACCAAACAAGGAGUCUCUUGCCUUGAUAUCAGAAUCAACUUGCAAUGACUCAUACAGCAAAAUGCCUGGAUCAGAAGAAGGGAAUACCACGCUUCCGUUACCGCAAGAGCAUCAAAACAAAUCCAUCGCAAAAACUUUGACUUUUGCAACAGCAGAUAAUAAUAUUUUUAACUCUCAUGAGUUUAGUCUGAAGAAAACACGCCUGUCACCUCUUCAUUGUUCAUCACAGAUGGCGCAUUACAGUCCUCAGAAAUCUCAAGCUCACUCCAAAUAUUUUGAAGAAGCUGGCUUGAGGCCCACUAUUUCCCCAAACAUUCUACAGUCAUUGGAGGUGCACAGUUUAGCAGAUUCCUCUUAUUCAAGAACAUCUAGAUUUCAUGGCAUUGGUUUGGAUUUACCUAGCAAAAGGCCUGAUCCCCAUUCUAAAGUGGAAGCAAGAGAUAUCACAGAAGUAGCACUUAAGGCUUCCAAAGACCCUGUUGUUUCUGUAAAUAACAUAAGUUUGCUAAGUUCAUUUACCCGAAGCACAAAUAGAGAUGGCUUACCGAAUUCCUGUGGCACAAGCAGGUUUCGGACUUCUGGUAUUUCAUUAACUACCAACUUUCAACAUUUUCCAGAAGAAAAUUUUAGAACGGCUUCUCCUCCCAAUGACAUGCCUGGAUAUUUUUUAUCUCCUGGAGUUGGAUUGAAUGGAAAUAUUGUGGCUUCAGGAAAAAGAAUGGCAGGUGAUACCACUCAUCUUCCACCUGUGAAUUGUUCUAUUCAGCAUAAAAAGAAAAUUGCAAAACAUUGCUUCCUAUGUGGAAAGAAAACUGGAUUAGCAACUAGCUAUGAAUGUAGAUGUGGAAACAACUUCUGCGCAACUCAUCGCUAUGCAGAGACUCACACCUGUACUUAUGACUACAAGAAUGCAGGAAGGAGAUUCUUGCAGGACUCCAAUCCUGUUGUCAGUGCACCAAAGCUUCCCAAAAUCUAAGCAUAAUUUUAUGGUCCGUGACUGAACUGUUUUUCUUUACUGUAUUUCAAAUCUUGCAAGUAACAAGAUCAUCCAAAGCUCUAUAAUUCUGAAGAAUGAUGUAACACUCUUGUAACUGACAUCUUUUAUUCUUUAGUGAAUCAAAAUUUAAACAUUAGUUUUUAAAAAUGUACAUUCUGAUUUAACAAUUAUUAUAUAUCUUGUGUUAAGUAUUUUAUAAUUGAAAAUGUCCUUUCACUCGUCAAGUCUUAAAAGAUGCACUUUAGAGUACAUACAUACAUACAGAUAUAUAUGUAUAUAUGUGUGUGUGUCUGUUUGUAUGCACACAGACACAUUAUAAUGAGACUUGACAGGAUUCUGUAUUGAAAAUGUCUUAUAAUCCCUUGGUUUUCAAAUAUGUUCUUUUAGUUUUUAGUAUUGAGGUUUCAUUGUACUAGGCCAACUUUCUCAUAGUGAAGGGCCUUGUAUUCCAUCAAACCAGCUGAAAACCAUGUUUCUGUUCUGGAAGUAACAUAUCAUGUUAGAUCAUUAUUCUUAUCUGGCAGAUUAAAAAGCAAAAACAAAGGAAGGAUUUUCUUGUUAUUAAAUAGAAGACGCUUUAAUUAUUGUGAUUUGUGUUUUUUAAGGAUCUUACAACACUUUCAGAUAUUGUUACAAAAAAGAAUAAAUAUGCUUUUUUAUGUAAUAAAUAGAGUAAGUGACUUGCUGUUUUACAGCAUGCUGGCAGUUGGAGGAAUAUAAAAAAUGCUUAAGGCUUGGUAUCUCAAAGGUGCUUCUUCAAAAGGCAACUGGACUGUUUUUCCUUGAGGAAGAAGAAAAAUGUUUUUUUUCAUAUCCACCAAGCUUCAUCAGUUGUGAUGGUGAGGUGAUGGAAGGAUAGAUUCUGACAAGAUGGUGGAUGGGGAUGGAAGGAUGGUAUUUCUUUGCAGCCAUCUGGUUGUUAGCAUUCUAUCUGAAAGCUGUUGAGGCCACUUGUGGGGUUUAUCCGUGCACUAGAGAUCAUCUGAAUCAGUGUGCAAUUGGUUGGUUGGUUCUUGGAACUGCGAAAGGGCUGUGUUGUAGACUGGAGAUAAGUAGUGGCCUAUUCCUCCCCCUAUGUUGAGGGAGGAGUGUUUAGUUCUAAGAUGGAUGGAUGGAUUCUUUUACUCUUUCAAACCAUUGGUCCUCUCUGUCUGAAAUGUGGACUUUGCUGUCUUCAAAAAAGUGACCUUUAUCUUUCAAAUGCAGAUGGGUCGCUGAAUCUUGUCCUGCCGUGCACUUGUGAAGUGGUUUUGUUUCAUCAAUGUACAGAUUUGCACAUCUCACUGCAUUGAAUUGCAUAUAUCACAUUACUCAGUUUGCGUUGGGUGUUUUAUCCUUGGGGUGGCCAAGCUUCUGUAUUAGUUUAUUCUUGAGUGUAAGAUCUACAUGUAUGAUGUGUUGGUUGAAAAUUCUCCUGAGCUUUUCAGAUAUUCCUGCAAUGCAUGGAAUGGCAAUGUUGCUAUGUUUAUUGUUCCUCCCCCCCCCCCUAUAAUGGAAGAGUUGGGUGUGUUUUUUUUUAAUUUGAUGAAGGCCCCAGUUAGAAUAAGUUCUAACAUAUUUUAGUUUUUUUCUUUUCCCUGGUAGGCAAAGUUUCAGCCUGGUGGUUUAGGGUUCUGAUCACUCCCAUUUUUGUGCUUCAAAGGGUGGUGAGUGAAAAAAUAAAUCUUGAUCUCUGGGGAGGGGGGGGGGUCUGUAAACCUCAAUGCUAAGGCUGUUGUCUUCCUUAAUGUGCACUGCACAGUCCUCCUUCAACAGAGGAGGAAUAAGACACCACCUAUCUCCAGUCUACAACACAGCCCUUUCAGCAGUUCUGUUCUUAACUUAGCAGAACCAAUAAACAGACUUCUUGUCCCAAACCCCCUCUCUUUAUUUAUCUCCUGUGAAUUAAUUGCAUUCACCCACUGAAAAGUUCAGGCAAUAGUCCUGCAAAGAGUUAGUUGCAGUAACAGACCUUAUCAGUUCUUUGAGAUAAUUGCCAGACCGUGAGCUCCCAGCAGAAAUGCUGCAAAUUAAGUUCUGGCAAGCAAACUCUGAGCACAAAACAUGAUCCAAAUCUUCUGAAAUGCAAACUGAUGUCUCCUACGACCACCACUCCCCUUCUAUUUUUUCCACAGCUAGGGGGGCCAUUCA